UGCGUGGGCCGUUACAAUUUUUAGUGGCGCCAAAGGAGAAAGGAGGUUUUUCCGUAUUCAGUGAACCAUCGCUUCAAUGAGGUAGUGCUUUGGAAGUACUUCUCGCAAAUGCCUGCUUACUGUGGCAGAGCUCUUCAAGUGUUAUUUGACACUUGCUCAGCGCUGCAGUGUAGCGUAACGCAGUGACAUAACACAUAACGACGCCGCAUUUAUUCAAAUGCCAUGGCGGAUUUCGAAAGUGUGGCGGGUAACGCCGUUGCUGUUUUCACAGAACUUCCUCUGGAUCUUCUAGAAGAAGAGUGGAUUGAGAUAGCGUGGGACGGCAAGUACACGAACGUAACUCCUCCAAACCUAAGUUUUGAACUGGAUGACGGGAAUGUGGCCUCACUCAUUAACCAAAUCUGUAAUGCUUGUGACGCUUGUAAACAGUGGCACCGUGUACCAUCACCUCAAGAAAACGAUGGUCAGGAUGACGAGCUGUGGAAAACACUUAUGGAUAGUGGCGUGCAUCACAAAACGCUGUUGGGGCUGUUGUAUGGCGGCAUUGUAUUAGGGAGCACAGCUACGGCUUCUCUCAAUCAGAAAAACAUUGCCCUGAGCUUUGUGAAGCUAUACUUCAACCUAAUCCUCGUUCCUGGUAGCAGAGCUUACGGCAUUUUCCAGGAAAGCCUUUUUGAGCGCGCCGUUCAGUGCCUUCGUCUGCCAGACAGAAAUGUUACUUCCCUUCUGACAAGCGACACUUCACACAAGGGAUCACAGCCCUCAAGAAGCGGCCGCCAAAAUGCUGGAAAGAAACGGGCGUCGCAGAACGAUGACUCAUCCUUAAGUGCAACCUCGGGGAGCUCGCACCACGAGAACGAAGAAAUUUCCAAAGAAGCCCUUUACGAUCACCUCACGUGUAUGACUGAUUGCUUGAGAGAUUUUGCCCUCUUGCUACAGUCAUUCAGCAUGCUGCCUCAUGGUGAACUCGCAGAGGCUGUAAUUCAGCAAGUUUGCGAGCUCACACAGAUCGACAUUCCAGGUUCGCACCUGACAUUUAGCAGUAUGUCGCAGCUACGGCAUUGUCACUACAAGUACCACACGCUUUAUGCGUAUGCAACUUUAAAACAACUGUGCCUUCCACUACAUGGAUGCCCUGCAGACAAUUUCCUUACCAUUGCAAAGCACUUGAUGCCCAACAUACUCAUGGUGUCGGGGACUGGUACAACUGUAUCGCGAACAGUUUCAAACAUUCGUGACCACACUAUUUCAUUUUUUUUGCACAUCGUGGAGCACCACAACGAGGGUGACAUGGAAGACGUCAUCAAAAUUUUGAUCACCAACUUGGCCUUUGAGGCAGUGGAUAAGUCCGACUUUCGGUUGAAGACUGCUCAAGCCGUCAUGACACUUAUGAAGGCCUUGAGUGAUGAACGAUUUUCAGCACUAGUAAGCUGGUUUGAAAAGCUUCUGCACUCUUCCCAUAAUAACCUGCGGAUCUUUGCUCUGGAGAUGACGGCGUUACUGAUCUGGGAGGACAGAGUUGGAGACGGGAGGGCCAGCUUACUGCUUACUGCGAUGGGUCGUUGCAACGACAAAGCGUCAACAGUGAAAACAAAGGCGCUUGGUGUGUUGACAAGUGUGACCAGUGAGCCGCCUUCUCGAUGGGUGCCUCUGAUCUGUCAGUCGGCAGCCACAGCACAGGAGAACGAAGGCCCGACUGUGCGAGCAGACCACCUCUCACAAGUCAUGCAGAUGUUGGCGUUGCGAGUUGAAGAUGAUAAAGUGCACGUCCGACGUACUGCCCUCGGCGUGUUGGAGAACGUGCUAUGCGCUUCGACAGACUUUCUGAAGGAAAAGUACAUGAAGAUAAUGCAGGACAGAUGCCGCGACCCCGCUGUGUUGGUACGGAAGCAAGCUCUGCAGUGCCUUACACGGUGCCUACAGGUUCAUUCAAGUUGCGAUGCUUUUCUACCCUUCUGGCUGGAAGGUGCCUUACCAGCUGUGCUGGAUGGUGAAACUUCAGUGCAGGAGAAGGCAGUGGACAUGGUGGAGUCUGUGCUCAUAGCACCCUUAUUUGAAACCAGUGGUCCUGGAGGCCAUGACUUGACGUGGCGUCUCUUGUGCCAUUUAACGCAACAGGAUUUCUCGGAAUACCACAAGUACUUGCAAAAGGCCGUUGGCAUCCUAGCAAGAAAUGGCAAGCUGAGAACUGGUGUGCUGAAGCGACUGAAGCCACACAUCGGUGGGGUAAACAAUGCACCAGCAUGGCUUCUGGCCUCCAAGUAUGCACUUUUCACAGAUUUAGGUGAAGCUGAAUUUGCUAUAGAGUACUGGAACCAUGCUUGCGUGGGUGACAAGGUGGCAUCCACGGACACUCUGCACCAUGUCUUGCUCGUCAUACAUAAGACAGCCCAUCACCUGCCGCAAUCGCGUCUGAAAGAUGUCAUUGGAGAGUUUGAGCAAAGCCUGGAGGAUAUGACAUUAUCCGUGGAAGUACUUCCACAAGUGGUAGACUGCCUGUGCGCCCUUAGUCACCUCCUGUGUAAGGGCAAUGAUGAGAAAUGGUUCAGAGCUAUUGGCAAUUGGGGCAAGAGGACAUUAGAGCGUUGCCAGGCAUAUUUGUCUCCUGUGCUGCUGAAGUGUUCUGUGAAAGUAGAAGAUUCCGAGGACCAAAUAGUACGCCACCUUGUGCUACUAGGGGAAGCUGCCCAGCGUGCUCCCAAAGCUGUCACAGAACAAAUGCAGGAACUUGUUGAGAGCUGUGUUUCUGCACCAUACGACAGUGAGAUGGGAGCUACUGCCAAAAUGAAUAAAAAAUCCUGCAGACGAAAGACUCCCACCAAGCACCCUGAACCAGAUCCGAAGGGACUAACUGUGACUCCUCAGAUACGUGCACAUGCGUUUAUUACGGUUGGGAAGAUGUGCCUUCAAAACGAAGUAUUUGCUAAGCAAUCUGUUGCAGCCCUUGCCAAGGAACUGGACAAGUCCAAGGAUGUCACCAUACGGAACAAUAUCAUUGUGAUCCUCGCGGACCUGUGCAAGCGAUACGCGGUUCUCGUCGACCCUUACUUGCCUUACGUCAUAGCUUGCCUCAAGGACCCCAACCCGGACCUUCGCCGCCUGACUCUGGAAAGACUGUUUGUGCUCCUGCAGCAGGACUUCAUCAAAUUACGAGGCUCCUUGUUCUACAGCCUCUUCACGAUGCUAGUUGACAAACGCAGAUCGAUAUGCGAACUUGCGAAAUAUGGCCUCGGCAUCCAGGUGUACGCUCGUCAUCCGCACGUUUUUUAUCAACGGUUCACAGAGACGAUGUACCACUUCAACAACGUCCCCAGAAACCUGGAACAGCACGAUGUUGCUCUCGAGAAAUCUGUCACAGACUCUUUGCUCGCAGGAAGAAAUGAAGCGGAACACCGCAUGAUAAUCUAUCGCUUUCUUCUCGACCACAUGAGCGACGAAGAACGUUUCAAAUUGAAUCUCAGCAUAACGCAGAAUGUCUUAGCACCCUGCAUGCAGGAAGGCAACUCGCUUAUCAAAAGCUGCCCCGACGUGCUGAAAGACGCACUGGCUGUUUUGUGCUGCGAAGAGAUCAAACUCAGGUCGAUCACAGCAGCCGAUGACGCGACUGAAGAGGAUCCAGGUCGUGCAGUGCUCAACGCGGCACGGAAAAAUAUUCUGAGCACUUUCGUGAAGAAGAACCUGAUUGAGAAUGUGAUACCGGUUGUGAUAGAGCUCAAACGUCACCUCGAAGCCGAGAGGUCACCGCUGGUGCACAAUCUUCUGCUGUUUUUGAGGGAGCUGAUGAGGGACUACAAGAAUGAGGUGAAGGACAUUUUAGCAUUGGAUAAAAAUACAGCCAGCGAGGUUGCAUUCGAUUUGAAGAAGCUGGAUGAGAAAGAGACAGCGGAGAGAGAAAAAGUGCACAAGAAAGUUCCAGCAGAGAUACCCGGAACACCAACGACCUCCAGAACUAGGCAGGCAGUGCUGCAAACAUUGCAGGAGUCAGCCAGAAGACUCAGAGACAGUGCGUUGAGACAAAAGUCGCACGCCGACAAAGGUCAGCCAGACGACUGUCUCGAAGAAUGCACAGUGGGAACUGAAGUUCAUGAACAGCUAAAACAAGCAGUGUCGGGGGUACAGCCCCCCACAGACAUGCCAGUGGAGGAAGCUACAUUACAUGAAGCAAUGAAAAUCGAUAAAGUUGGAACAGGCGUCGAAAGGCAUCUGACUCAGCACGAUGAUAGACUGAACGGUUCAGAGCCUCACCUGAAUGCGGAGCAACAACCCACACCUGGAGACAAAUACAGCAAAAGUGAGCAAGUCGGUAUGGCAGGACAACAGUCCUCUGCGGGCAACUCAGCCGUAGAAGCUCACACAUCGCAUGCGUUCAAAAGUCCACUCAUAAAAGGAAAACGUGCAUGCCGAAAGAGCCCGGUAACUUCGAAAAAAGAAAAUGAACAGCUUGCUGCACAAACCACACCCACUAGGCCAGUAACUCUACGGAAGUCUCCCAGGGGGAAAUUAUUAGUGGACGGGAACGAUACAUUGACAUCAAUAGAAAAUGCAGAAACGAAGACACAGAGCACACCUGAGAAGGACGACGCAUUUAAGGUUCCACAAAUGAAAAGGCAACUUGUCAAAGGGAAAAAACAGAGAGACGUGGAGACAAGCACACCUGUAAGGAGAGGCACUAGGAUAGCUCCUUUCCCGUCUGAUGUCAGCCUUAUCAAGUAAGCACUGAAGCAUGCAUAAGGAUGUGGUGAUAAGCAUGCAAUGAACUCAACAAUGACAAUCAGCCGUUUUAACAGACUAACGGUUUUUAAUGUUGCCCAUAUUUUUGUUCGUUUUUACCAGAGUAGGAGCUCGGUAUGCAACACAUUUUUGUGUGGUAUUUAUUUUUUUAUUCAGGAAGUGUCUCACAUAAAUUAUGUGCUCACCUCAUAUGUCUACACUCCCUAGAUGUAGAGUACUCCUAUGAAGGGGAGAUAGGCCUUCUGUCAACUUGUAAUGAGUUUUAAUUAUCUUAAUUAUGUAUCUUGGAAAAAAGAACUUUUGCCUUUUGUACUGAA